AUGGACUGUCCCGGCGGAACUUGUGCCUUACCCAGCUCCACGCGAGAGGAAAAGCGCAAAGACUACGAAACAGACCCAGCCAACGCGCAGGAGACAUGGGAAAACCUCCGCAACGCCAUCGGUGGGGUAGGAAGGGGAUAUUUCAGUGACGACUUUAAAGUGGUGGAGAUAGAGAGCCAGCUGCACGAUAUCUGGGACGAGCUCAUUCAUGCAGUGAAGAUCACGCCAGCCACCAGUGCCGAACUUGAUCGACUUGUCACGUUGGUAUCGGAAACCCGUGAGUUAGGGAUCUUCACUCAGAAUCAGGCAGACAGAGAAGCUGCGCCGGAGCGCGAGGCAGUGACAUUGCCCAACGGACAAAGGCUAUGGAUUGAUCUCCCUUACCUGGCGCAGGAGGUGAAGGAUUCGUGGACCAAGGAGUCUAUGGGAUUCACACCAACAGAGCGAGAGAGCGUUGCUGCGUGGACGGCAAAGUUGUGUGCGACAGGUAUCUGUCCGAAGGAUCUCAGCCGCUGUGCAUUGUGGUUAUUCAAGCAGGCUCUCGAAACUGACAGGCCAGUCACGGAGGAUGGACAGGACGACAAGGCUCGUCCUACCGUCCACGACCUCCUACCCGCGUGUCUGGCUUGGCUGAAGCAUAGCAACAGCAAGCUGGUCAAGCUCUCACAGGAGAAUUACACAGCAACACACGCUUCCGGUGGUGGUAUCAACAGUGAGGAGGACAACGAUAAUAGUAUGACUGUGCCGGGUGACCUUGCGGUGCAGGCGGGUGUUACCCAGCCCGGAUUUAGUAUUGAGCGCUGGCUCUUCUGGAGACAGCGAUUCAAAGACCUGUAUAGAUCUGGGGUGCCGCCAGUCGCCAAGCUGGCUCGGUCGUGUUUUGAAGCGGCUAUCUUCUCUGGCAUGGACAUUGGCCUGAAGAUCCCGGGAGAAAAGGUCUAUCUCAGCAGACUAUUUGAGGCACUGGACAAGGAGGUCGAGACGAGGGAGUUCAAGGAGUGCGUCGGCGCUGAAGACAUAGACAUCGACAUGGACUGGGACAAGGAGUAG